AUAGAACAGCUCUUAGUCUUGUUGGUGGAAGGUGGUGUGGCGGACGUUGUGCUUCUAGAUGGAUGUUCUGUAUUUUUUCACAUUUCUUAACCUGCUGGACCUGUGAAAUAUACGUUCCGCAACCAGUGAGUCGGGUGUGUCGGUACCGUGCAGGGGAGAGUGUUGCGCGUCUUGUACAGGCUGGGGUGGCGAUUCUUGAGUUAAAAGUGGAGGAGGCACAGUUGUUUCUUAAGGGUCUUUAAAAGCAAUACUCGUUGUGCUGUCUGUGUUAGGUGCACGGCGGGCUGACGAUGUUAAGCCAAGUGUAUCAUAAGUGCUAGCAAAUGUAACGAGAAUAAAGACUAUUUUGUGUUUACCGUGUGUGUGUGUGCGUGUGUGUGUACAUAUACGCCACCACCACCAUCACCAACACCAGUCAUCACACCACCACCACCAGUUAAGACAAAGGCCAUGGUGAUGAUCCUGCUCAGGCCACGCGGCACUGUCCUCCUCCACCCGCACCCCACCGACGCCACUGCUGCCACUGCUGUUGUUCCUGCUGUCGCCCUCGCAGCCGCCUCCUCUCCUGCUGCUGUUUCUGCCAUCAUGGUGAGAGUGGGCGGCAGGUGUCCCAGUGAGGAGCCGUAGUGAAGAGCUUAACAUGUCGAGGGUUGUGCCGGCCCCAUGCGUCCCAUGGGUGUGAUCACGUGUGCAGCCCCCAUGAACACCUCCAGCAAUGUCACCUACACUCACAAGAAGUUCAAGCGAGCCCCCAUUGAAGCUUCGGAGGCCCUUGACCACCAGCACCCUCCUCCCCCACAGAGGGAGGCUCCAGCUGGCCCCAUCAAGGCCUCCACUCUCUGCAUAGAGACACCCCUCACCCCCACCAAUGGCCUGCUGGCCACCCCUCCAGCCUCCACCCCCGCAGCAGCCACUAGCCCCGCUGCUCCUGAGGUGGAGGAGGCCAGGAGGAGGAAUGGCAGGGGAGGGAAGUACAAGUGUGAGUAUUGCGGGAUGGGGUGUGCCAAGCCGUCGGUGCUGGACAAGCACAAACGGACACACACCAAUGAGCGGCCGUACAGCUGCAGCCAGUGCAGCACUGCCUUCAAGACCAAGAGCAACUACCUGAAGCACACACGGUCACGCUCCCACGCCCUGCGCCUGGACGGCCCCGAGGGCAGUGAUGGGGCAGUCGAAUCUGGAGACAAUGGGGAUGGAGAGGAGGGCACCCGCUUCCCCGGCGGUCAGCAGUGCCUCCCACUGGACGUCUCCCUGGCAAGGCACCCUGACCCACCCAGCUCUUCCAUGGCUGCCCAGGGAGCCCCAGAGGCCUCCAGGGACCAUGGGAGUUCCAUAUACAAGCCCAAGUUCCGGGUGAGGCCAUCAUACCUCACAGGUGAGGAGGAGGCCUCACCCCCGAGAGCCGAACACCAGACCACGCCCCCAAGGGACCCUCCUGAUGGACACACAGCCAUCACCUCAACAUAUCAUGCUCCUUCUUCCACCCUUAAUCAUCCUGGUGCUCACCCCAGCCACCCUGGCCUCCCUCGUCACUGCCGGCCCCCGCAGGAAGUCCGCUCAGCUCCGAGAAAGGAGGACGUUAGCAUCACUGGCCCCAGUAGCUCCUCGCCUUCCCUCAAGAGUGUCACUCUGUGGAAGGGCAUAGAGCCUCCCAGCCCGGAAGUGGUAGGGCAACACAUCAACAAGCUCAUUGUGGAGAACGAGGCCAUCAUAGAAACCCACACCCUGUGGCCCCGUCGCUACAAGAGGCAGCCCAGCCUGGGGUCCUCCUCAAGCGAGAGUGAGAGCUCCGGCAGCGGCAGUAGCCGGAGGGGCAGUUUGGCUGACCCCGUCACCAAGAGUUCAAAGGGCAGCGUGCCUGCCUCAACCAUGCAGGGUCAGCUCAGGGAGAGGAGUCACUCCCUCACCACAGAGGCCAUGCUGGCUGAAUCCCGGUGUUCGUACAGUCCCCGUCUUCCACCCGCCACCCUUCACCCGCCUCUUGCUCAGCCUACGGCCAGUGCUUCCAAACCUUCCAUAUCAUUGCCAGGACUCACUACCUCUUACUCUCAGUCACCGCCUCCCCACCUCGAGUCUGGCCUCUAUGACGUCUCAAGGAAGAGGUGCCUGUCCGAGGGGCCUGGCAUCCCCAGGGACCUCACCAAGAGCCGGCCCCCUCGCCCAAUGGAGGACCAAGCAGACCUACAAAGGCAACAUCACCCACGGAAUCCUGAAGGUUCGGUUAUCAAGAACUUGCUGCUGGGACCCCAAGGUUCUGUGGACCAGCGCGGACGGUUUGUGUCCCACGGUGAGGCGGGACCCUUCCUGUGCAGCAGGUGCCGGAUGCCCUGCAGGACACUGGAGGACCUGGACGUCCAUGUGCACCACUUCUGUGGCCAGCGGUCAGGGCUGGGCAGUGACAGGGGCACCCCAGAGCUGAUCAAAAAUGGGGAGGGCGGCCGGUGGGUUGGGGAGCAGGACGUGGCACUUGAUCUCCACGUAAAGCCUGACUCUGUAGAUCCUGAGCGGAGUUCCUCACGGAGUUCUUGUGGGAUGGAGGACUUCUCUCAAGAGUCCCACAUACAGCAGCAGUCCCCAAAGGUGCACCGCAGCAGGUCUGCCCCCGACGGCACCAUUCCUCACGUUAAGAAGAGGAAGCAGUCAGCCCCAGACGAACGGUCCCUGGCAUUCAACCCCAAGAAUAUUGAGGCUGGCAAGCUGAAGAACCACCAUUUGUUUGGAGGCGAGGUGCAGAUCUGUGACGGCCACGAACGCAAGACCAUGAGGAUAGACCCCGGGCAGCAGGCCAGCCCGGCCUUGGAAAUCUGCAUACCCCCACAGCAGUUAGGAGGAGGAGGCCUGGCCAAGGCAGAGAGUUCAGUGCCCACGUCUGUGGUGGUGACCAUUGCUAAAUCAAGCCUCCACUCAGGUGGCACCAUGGUGCAGGUGGAGAGUCAACUCAGCACAACCACCAAGACCACUCCCAGCCUGGUGACCUCGGCUGCCCACCACAAGGAGCAGCCCACUCCCACCAUUGCCAAGGUUGUCCAUCCCACCACCCCUUACCCUGCUGAAGGCAGCCAUUUCCCAUCCUUUCCUUACUUUACAGAGUUUGCACCCCACCUGCAGCUCCCAAAUUUAGCCAUUCCCGGCAUCCCUACCCCUGACCUGGGUAGCCUGUCCUUCACCAACUACUGUCCAAGAGUCCCUAAUCCAGCCCUCCUCCACCCCCAGACCACUCCGGCCCACACUGCAUCCAACAACCUCAAGCAGAACAUACCCCGGUCUCCGGCAGAUCCCCCUAAAGCCUCAUUCACUCCUCCUUUCCCAGGGUCUCAGGGGCAGGUCUCAUCAGGGGUAAUACAUGGUAGUGUGGGCCGUGCUGCAGCCCCAGAGGCAGAGUCAAACCUCUCCCAGCCUCGGGACAAAGAAAAAGAUCCCCUGGUGGGUAAGGGACUCCCAAAGCAUGGACUGCCUACUCUCAUACCCUUUGGAGACACCAAAGUGCCACACGUGCCUGGCAUCCCUGGACCAUACUCCCAGCCCAGCCCUGUGUGUCCCUUACCAAACGGGGGCCAGCGACGACAGCCAGCUGUCUUCACCCUCCCGUCACAGACCUGCGUGACCUUCAGCACCCCCAUCACCUCCGUCCCAGUCAGCUCUGUGAGGGAGACAAGUCUGGCUGUGCCAAGACCACGCGAGCCUCCCAGGAGCCCCGGGAGGGAACGCGGUCCAGCUGUGGGUAGCACCCUGAGGCCUCCCCAACACCUCCCCCACAAGGACCUCCUCAGCCCCAGACCUAGACCCUCCCUCAGUUCCCCCAGACUGCCGGAAUUGAAGCCCAUCAACCAGGAGACCAAGCUGCACCCUGCCCCUCCAGAACCCAAGAUAUCGGAGAGGGUUGCUGCCUCCCCUGAACCCCGCCAGUCAGACACCCCCAGCAAGAGUGAUGGCACCGACCAAGAGUUUCUGCCCCCAAGAAAACGUCCAAAUUUUUUGGCCCUUAAGCCGCAGCCCUUUAUUCCCAAGUCGUCCCUGGCUCUGAUGGGCACCACCCUGGUGAGCCCCGACACACCACGUCCUAAGAAGAGCUGCGUGCAGAUGUUCCUGAAUGGUUCAGCAUACACCUACCUCGGCCACAAGGUGUCCACCAAGACCUACUACUGCUGCAUCUACCGGCAACAGCCCAUGUAUGCGCCCCAGGGACCCAACUCCAAGCUGUCCAUGUACUCCAACUGGCAGAUCAAACCAGAGGACCCCUUCAAGCUGGUGCCCUACCCUGCCAUGAGCCUGUACCAGUCCUGCAAGCGGGACCGCACCUUCACUGUGGCCCAGCCCAAGGAGCUUGACCUCAUCCAGACCCACUCCUCCUACUGGACAUUCAAGCAGAAGAAGGAGAAGCACAAGGAGGAGGAGGCCAAGCAAGGGGACAAAGAGGCACCCGAGAUAAAGAGUGAGGAGCCCACCAGUGCAGGCAGUGCCAAGGCCGCAGAGGCCAGUUCGGAGGAGGCUACUGGCGUUGUCAUCAAGAGAGAGGCCGAGGACACCAGUGGGGACUGUCCUGGUCGUAGCAGUGAUGACAGUGAGGGGACGGAGAGCAUCGGCAGCAACAAGCGCAUUAAGAUCUUUGAGGGCGGCUUCAAGAGCACCGAGGAUUACACCUAUGUGCGGGGCCGUGGCCGUGGCCGCUAUGUGUGUGGCACCUGCGGCAUCCGCUGCAAGAAGCCUUCCAUGCUCAGGAAACACUGCCGCACACACACUGACCUCCGACCCUAUGCUUGCAGCCACUGCACUUUCAGCUUCAAGACCAAGGGCAACCUGACCAAACACCUGCGCUCCAAGGCUCACUACAAACGGUGUGUAGAGAUGGGCGUGGUGCCGGUGCCCACCGUGGUGGAUGAGAGUCACGUCAAUGAGGCAGCCCUGGCCUGGCAGGAUAAACUUGAGCAGGAGAGGAAACCUGACAGCCUGGAUGGUGAAGACGAUGACGAGGAUGAAGACGAGGAUGAAGAAGAGGAUGUGGAUGACGAGGAUGAGGAUGAGGAAGAUGAGGCGGCUGUGGAAGGCCACCAGUUCCAGGAUGCCCACGAGCACCACAGCCAGGGGGUGAUCAACCCUGGCACCUCUGUUGGCAUUCCCGGCACCUCCCACAGUGCCCCCGGCCCUGCCAUUACGCGCCCCGGGGAUGUCACAGGUGCCGCAGGCCUCCCGUCCUCCAGGUCUGGAGUAUUGGUGAUGCAGCACACUGCCACUCCCUCUCUUCCAUCCUUCUCUUCCUCCACUUCAUUGUCCAACUCUUCCUCAUCCAUACCUUCUUCCACCUCCACCACCAGCACUACCACCAUCACCCCUGCUGUCACUGUCACAUCCUCUUCCUCCUCCUUGUCCUCUCCUCCAUCCUCCUCUGUCUCACCAUCCUCCAGCAGUCCCUCCUCACGUGUGGAAUCCUCCAGGGACUGCCCCAUGGACCUCAGUGUGCGGCGCGGGGUGGGAGGCGGGUCAGCAGACAAGGGUGCCCCACACAGGCCCAGUUUCCUGCCUGUGUUGAGUCGGUCAGCACUGUUGGAGUCACCCGGCCUUCCCUCUCCUUCCACCCCUAUCCGGGAGCACCCCUCAGAGAUCUUGUCCCCUGUCACGGAGUCGUCCAGCCUGCUCAAGUCCAUCUAUCAGACCACAGAGCGUGCACCACAGGUGUCCGCUGUGGUGCUGGACCCCAGCACUGAGAAUGGCAGCAGUCGCUCCAUGCUGAAUGCCUACCUCAGGGAGCGGGCUGUCCGGGACACAGCCAUUAAGCGCCAGCAGUACAGCUUCUCAGAUGCUUCCCCAGGAUCCCCCCACCUGCCUCCUGGGGAGUCCCAGGGGCAGGAGCAGGUUGCUGCUGCUGCUGCCGCAGGCCAGGAGGGCAAGGAUGGGGAAAGGAUCAGUCCCCCAGCACCUCUUUCCAACACAUCUAACACUACCAGCACCUUCACCACCUCCACCACCAUCUCCAACUCUGCCAUCAUUGUCACCUCCAGCCAGGUCUCCUCCUCCUCUGCCAGCAGCUCUGCCUCCAGGAUGCCCACCCCCCCUGCCAACCUCACCGUCAUGAACAGCGGGGGACUGGACACCAAGACAGCCUUCCUGGUACCCAGCGGGGUGGUGCCAUCCUCCCUCAACAGGCUCACCAACGAUGAUGGGAAGUGCAAGUGUACCUUCUGCCACAAGGAGUUCAACCGGCCUGCCCAGCUCAGCCUCCAUAUGAACAUCCACUACAUGGAGCGGCCCUUCCGCUGCGACUCCUGCGCCGUCUCCUUCAGGACCAAUGGCCACCUGCAGAAACAUAAGCGUUCCGUCAGCCACUUCAACAAGGUGAACAUGAACAUGACCUUCGGGACACCCAGCACCGACAACCCCCGUCCCUUCAAGUGUCACGACUGCAAGAUCGCCUUCCGCAUCCACGGCCACCUGGCCAAGCACCUGCGUUCCAAGAUGCACAUCAUGAAGCUGGAGUGCCUGGGCAAGCUGCCCUUCGGUACCUAUGCUGAGAUAGAGCGUUCGGGUGCCAACCUCAAUGAGAUAGACACUACAGACUGUGAUAACUCCCUGGAGAGUCUGCAGGCUAUGGCCUCCAGGCUGUAUGAGAAGGACCCCACCAAGCUGGCCGCCUGGAGGACCCGGCAGGGUCGAGAGCACCACCGUGUCCGCACCAUCAGCAACUCCUCCACCAACUCUGAUGACUACCCCCUGCAGGAUGACCAGGAUGACCCUGUGGUGGGGAUUGGCCACGAUGAAGACACAGAAGGCGAUGAUGACGAGGAGGUGGCUGGGCCCAGGGACGGGGGCAGCCGAGGCAGCCUUCCUGGGGUGGCAGUGGGGGUGGGAGACAUCCACAGUCAGUCUCAGUCCUCCAUGGAGAUAGGAUUGAGUCCCACAGCCAGCCUGUUGGCAUGUCACCUGUGUCAUGAGAAGUUCCUUGAGCCAGAGCACCUGAGCAGCCACCUGUAUAGUGUGCACAAAGUGUCUGUUUCAUACCGGAACAGCUAGCAUCUCCCCUUCAGUGCCCCUGGCUGGCAGGGGGAACACCAGCAGCUCUUCCCCAAGGCAGGUCCUUUAUCCCCAGUCACUUGAGGGGUCUCCCUGUGCCCAGCUACCCUCAUAUCCCUGCCUGGACCCCACUGGAGUACCUCAGUGGGGUGAAAGGGUGUUGUGAACUGUGUGUUUGUGACUUGGCUGUCUCACCUCACAGGUGUGAAGGAAGGUCAUACAGUGUUUGGUCAUUCAUUGUCCAUAGCAACAGUUGCAAAAGUUUUUAAAACUGCAGUUGAUUUUUAUGCAUGACGAAAUGUUUUGCUGAAGUGGCUUGUGAAAAUUUUGACAAACUUUGCCCAUAAAUUACAUUGUGGGCUCACAGUGGUCCACUCUCUGCUCUGAAAAUGUUGACAUGCCAGACAAUGAGUGAAGUGAGAGUCUGAGGUAAACAAUGGUGGCUCAAUAUUACAAGUGUAAGUGAAUAUUUUAGAUAAAGAAUAUUUGUGGAUUUUAUAAAUACAUAUGGAAUUUAUCAGACACUUAAAUUAUGCAUCAAAUGAAUCUUAGUUUCAGUAAAACCUAAUGCAGGUUUGAAAGGUAUAGGAACUUGUGAUAUUUUUUCUAAUAGGCUUCUGAUAUUAACGGUGGAUUCUGAUCCUCUCAGCGGGGCAAGACUGAAACUGAUAUUACGGCUCCAAGCGAGCAGAGACUCUAGCGGGGUGCGUGUGAUGCUCAAGUGUGGUGUGUGUGGGGUGCUGCCUGGGCUGUCUUACUUCCAGUACAUAGCUAAUGCAGCUAAUACUAAUCUACGUGUGAAGACAUUGUGUAUGUAUGUAUUUUUAUUGUAAAUUGUUUGUACUGAAAUAUCUUGUAUAGACACUGUGCCAAUAUCAGCUCACUUUGUUUUGAUUUCAUGGGAGAUGGAUAAUUUUUCAGUUGUGUAAUGUUAAGUGUAUCAUCUGCUGUGCUCAAAGGCAUGGGAGCUUGUUGACUCCAGUAGGCAUAUACUGUACCAUUCUUGUGUUGUGGGUUGUGCACCGGUCUGUGCUCAGAGUGCGGCUAGUUUCGUGACUGGCCAUAUUUUUACCUGGUCAACUCAAAGUGUCAUCAUCUUAUUUUUGCUGUACUAGUUGUAGAGUUUGUAUGAAUGUCAAAUGUUUUAACUUGCCAUAGGGAAAGAUAUUUUGGUGAAGAAUAUUAAUGUUUUUAUACAGUGACAAAAGAAGGCCCGAGUCAUUUCGUAGCGUUUGGCAAGUGGCACUGCGAAGGGAACCACUGGGGCAAGCAGCCACUCACCAUUCAUCAUCAUCAGUGGCUCAGAGGAUAAUCUUGAAGCAAAGGGCACUUCUGACCUAAAAGACAUCAAUCAUCAACUUAACAUUAAUUUCUUGAGGUGUUUAGUAUCAAGAAAUGCAGAUUGAGAGCGUCCCACAGCCAAGCCCCACCAGUGUCCCGGAGUGCUGCCACGUGCCUGCCCAAGUGCAUGUCAUCUUGAUGUGUGGCGUGCAGUGAUGUGUGUGGGAGGGAUGAUCACCCAGGGCUGCUGGCAUAUGCGACAGCCCUCCUCACCUUAAUUCGAGCUUAAAAAACCACAAACUGUUCCAUGUAAGUGUGAGAGCAAGUACUUGAAGCCUUGGCCUCCCUCCCCACCAGAGUGAGGUGUGUGUGUGUGUGUGCCAUGCAUAGACAAAGGUGACCAAGCUGCUGCUGGACCACCUCACGCAGGGAAGCAGGAGGACCGUUGCAACACUACAGCUGCACAACUCAGAGAGAGCACAAAUUUUCCAACUGACAAUCCUUUUCUACUUGAGGCAAAUAAUGAGGUAUGGCAUCCUGAGAGAGAGAGAGAGAGAGAGAGAGAGAGAGAGAGAGAGAGAGAGAGAGAGAGAGAGAGAGAGAGAGAGAGAGAGAGAAUGGUAUCAGGGAAUAUAUUGGUACUUUUAAUUGUUAACUGUGAGUCUCUGGGAGCAUAAUUUUUGUUAUAAAAUUUAUUCAGUGUUUUUAAAAGUUAGUAGAAACAUGUACAUCAGUUGUUGUUAUUUCAUAAAUGUAAAAAAGUGAUAAGAUGAUAUCCUUCAGCAUUUUAACCUGUUAGUGGUGACAGCAAUCCCAGAUCACUAUUGUGUUUGUUUCCACGGACCACUGCUGGGCGGCACCAGUGUCUGUAAGGGAGAAGCAAGGGUGGAAGUUGGUGGGUCACUUCCCAGCGGAGUGACUGAGUGACGUGGUGUGGAUGGGUGAAGGAGUUGAGGGCUCAUCCUGCCACUGCCAUUUUGGGUCCAAAGUAACCUACAUUUGAAUUAAUACAUAUCUGAACAUGCCAGAUCAGCCUUAACAGACCAGUGACCAGUACACCAGUAGGGCAGUGCAUAUUCAUCAGUAACCACACGCAUCACCACACCAGUCACCAGAAUGGCAUGGGGGAUGGCCACCUUCUCUGGAGGGCUGCCGGAUGGCUCCCUCACACAAUGAGAGCAUCACCAGGAUCUAUUUUUGCACUGUUGUUAUUAUUACUAACGUUUAUUUUAUUUUAUUUUUUUUUUUGUACCAAGGAUCAUGUUUUACUAAUUGGGAAUGCCUAGCCACAGAGGAGGGUGUCACUGUGUGUGGGUUGUGUUCCUCUCACCCCCCUGUCUGUCUCUGCCUGCUUGGCAUGGGACUGUGUGGCAGGCAGCGGGUGUUAGUCAAAUGUGUAGCCUUGGCAAGCAAUCCAUCACAUUCUUGUAAGCCAAUCUUGCUCUUGUAAGUGUUAAUUUUGGCUUAAUUCUGGCCACUUUUUAUCACUAUUUAUCAUGGACAGUAUCUAACUUUGCUGGUACAAGAACAUACAUUUCUGAAGAAGUUUUUUGUAAGGUCUAUGUUGUUUUUAUUAUUAUUAUUAUUAUUAUUAUUAUUAUUAUUAUUAUUAUUAUUAUUAUUAUUAUUAUUAUUAUUAUUAUUAUCAUUACCAUCAUCAUUACUACUACUGUUGUUAUUAUUUCUGUGCAUAUUUUCUUAAGAGACACAUCUGAUGAAUAAUAAGUAUUGGAUGAGUCUAUAUGACAAAAAGGAGAGUGCGUUUGAAGUUGUUGAAAUAUAUGUAGUGUUUAUUUGAUCAGAUUCUUUCUUAAACAUGUUAUAUGUGUGUGUGUGUGUGUGUGUGUGUGUGUGUGUGUGUGUGUGUGUGUGUGUGUGUGUGUGUGUGUGUGUGUGUGUGUGUGUGUGUGUGUGUGUGUGUGUGUCUGUCAUCGUAUUGUUAUGUUACUUUCCAUGCAGCUGUGUGUGUGUGUGUGUGUGUGUGUGUGUGUGUGUGUGUGUGUGUGUGUGUGUGUGUGUGUGUGUGUGUGUGUGUGUGUGUGUGCGUGCGCGCACGUGUGAGCUCUCACACGUGUGCUACUUGGUGCAAUCUAUAGUUUUAUUUUUAUUUAUACCUUCCAGACGAGUCACAUUGCUGGUAAAUUUACGAUUGAAGGAUGAGCUGCUUACAUUGUUACCAUGGACAACACUGCAUUGAACAGUAGCCAAAUUCCAGCAGCCUAUUGAAAAUUUAUUUGAAAUAUGUUGAAUGAUUUAAAUACUUGCAUUUGGUUGUUGUAUGAAUCUGUAUAUAUAUGUAUAUUAAAAAUCCUUAUCACA